CGAGUCACAUGCGCCUGAUGCUGCUGCCGCUGCAGCAGCUGACCGGAUACCUGCCGCCGCCGUCUGCAUCGCUCUCGCUCUGACUCCGGGAGGCGGUGCACAGCUCUGUGGGCUCACACCUCAGGGAUCCACUGAGUUUGCCAUGCUGAUUACAUGGUGGUAUUUAUACCUUGCAGCUCGGAGCGUCGUCAGACAAACUCUUCAAAUGGCUUCAAUCCUGCAGAGGCUGAUCACCCCUCUGUUCAGUGGGCCCCCCGAGCCCCCCAGGAACAAAGUGACGGUGGUUGGCGUGGGCCAGGUUGGCAUGGCCUGUGCUGUCAGCAUCCUGCUCAGGGAGCUGACUGACGAGCUGGCCCUGGUGGACGUGAUGGAGGACAAGCUGAAGGGAGAGAUGAUGGACCUGCAGCACGGCAGCCUCUUCCUCAAAACCCCCAAAAUAGUAGCAGACAAAGACUAUUCGGUUACCGCUAACUCCCGCAUCGUGGUGGUGACAGCCGGCGUCCGUCAGCAGGAGGGGGAGAGCAGGCUGAACCUCGUCCAGAGAAACGUCAACAUCUUCAAACACAUCGUCCCCCAGAUAGUCCGAUACAGCCCUGAAUGCACCAUCAUUGUCGUUUCCAACCCAGUGGACGUUCUGACCUACGUGACCUGGAAGCUCAGCGGCCUUCCCAAGCACCGCGUCAUCGGCAGCGGCACCAACCUGGACUCGGCGCGCUUCCGCUUCCUGAUGGCCGAGAAGCUUGGGAUCCACCCCAGCAGCUUCAACGGCUGGAUCCUGGGAGAACACGGGGACACGAGUGUGCCGGUGUGGAGUGGGACGAACGUCGCCGGAGUCAACCUGCAGACUCUAAACCCGGAUAUCGGCACAGAGAAGGACAGCGAGAACUGGAAGGAGACUCACAAGAUGGUGGUGGACAGCGCGUAUGACGUGAUCAAACUGAAGGGUUACACCAACUGGGCCAUCGGCCUGAGCGUGGCCGACCUGACAGAGAGCAUCAUGAAGAACAUGAACAGGAUUCAUCCCGUCUCCACCAUGGUCAAGGGCAUGUACGGCAUCAGCAACGAGGUGUACCUGAGCCUGCCCUGCGUGCUGAACAGCGGCGGCGUGUCCAGCGUGGUCAACAUGACGCUGACGGACGACGAGGUGGCCCAGCUGCGGGCCAGCGCCAGCACGCUGUGGGCCAUCCAGAAGGACCUGCAGGACGUGUGAGCGGCCAGCGGGAGGCGGCGCCGCUGCAUCUACUGUAACCACCCGCCCUGCAGCUGCCAGACAUCAAACCCGCUCCACUCGUGCACCGCGCCAUCAGCCCACUGCCCUCUGUAGAUUCACCGGUGUUCUGGGACAUUCGAGUUAGCUCUAGGUGUCAGUUUUUCCACUUCAGCUCACCGCAGACAGGACUAGAGGUGACCCCAGCCGGGUGAAAGGUCAGGGUUAACCCCGUCCAGCUGAGGAAACGUGACGCAGGUUGCUAAUGCUUCAGGCAGAAGUGCAAGGUCUCACCUGCGUGAGAUGCAUUGGAUGAUGUUUCUGUAGUGAGCCGCAAUGUA